AUGGAAAAGCCAGCUUCGACGAAGACCUUUCAUGGAAGCCUGGCUUUGAAGUCACGGACCAAUAUAGAUAUAGAUGCAUAUUUCUCUUCUUAUCUCACCAUAGAUGAUCCCAUCUUUGAGCUUAGUAUUUUCGAUGCCCACAAGAGCUUCUUCAACCAAGUAAACAAUCAUCAGAUUCAAAAAUUGACCAUUACCAGCAACACUAGAGCUUCUCCUAUGCAUGAUAAUGUUGUUACAGACUACGCUGACCCCAGAAACUACACAGAUCGUUCAUUUGCUGCGCUAACUGCAACAGCAGCCUCGUCAGAAGCCAAUUGGAAUAAAAGCCGCACUGGCUUGUUUCAUCUUCUUUCAGGAGCGAAACCAGUCUCUAUGAGCAAUCAAUCUCGUUCCACUGACCUCAAAAAGAAAAUAAAAGCUUCAUUGUCGAAACCUAUACGGCUUUGCCGAAGGAGAUGUCCGUGCGCUGAUAAGAAAUCUGUUCAAGUUAAGGAGAUGAAACCAGCAAUGAAAACCCAUGUAGCACCACCUCCUCCCCCUCCACCAUUUCUAUCACACAACCCAAAUGCUAGAGGCUAUCUGAAUCAGAAAAGGCCGCAUCUUGAAUCCAAUCUGAAGACCCCUAUAGAAGAGUCUGCCAUGUCAGAGAUUGCAGCCAACAAUUCUGAGGCUCAUAGGACUCCAAUAUCUUCCAACAACAGGGUUAAGCAGAAACCUUCGAAGCCGGAUGCGUUUGCCACCAAAUCUGAAAUACUGGACACGGUUGAGAAUGAAGAAGCUCCUGUGAUUUUGCAGCCCCAGCAAGCUGUGGCCUCGGAGGCCUCUGUUAGUCCUGUUACCGAUGGCUUCACCUUUCCCCUGUUAAACCCAAAAUCAGUAGAAGAAGAUCCACCCGGUAAUUCUUUGGAAGUUUUUGGCCCCCCCUAUAUUGAAACCAGUUGUGUUUCACAGAGUCCCAAGUCCGGAAUCGUCGACGACGACGCCGCAAGCGAUGCAAGUUCGGAUCUUUUUGAGAUCGUGAGCUUCCCCGCUCAAGCCACAUCGACACAGUCAGGAACUAACUUCGAUGCAAAACCGUUAGAUACCGUUAUAAAUAGUGGGUUCUUGUUCAAGAGUAAGGAAUCAAUGACAAGAACAAUAACAGAGAAGUACGAGCCAAGCGAAGGCAGCAUCGAUUGGAGCAUGAGCACCGAUGAAGGUUUUGAAUUUGACACAACUGGUGCUGGCAACUUGUCUCUUAAGGCAUCGGAAUCCGGCGACGGCGGCGAAGCUCCUCGGGAAACACCGACAACCCAUUUCGUCGGCUCACCGCUCGCAAUGUGUCAAACUGCUCACAUUUCCCUUGCUUUUGCUAUAUAA